GCUUUGCCACGUCAUAGUUAACCGCUGCAAGUGUUCAUUGAACUCACUCAAAAUUUUGCAGUUUGUGAAUGCAUUUAUGUGACAAUGCUGCUGCCACUUUCGUUCUUCUACCUGUUGCUGCACUUUAUCGUGGUGUUCGCCACAGAGUUCACGUUUGAGCUCCCCGAUAACGAAAAACUAUGUUUCUACGAGGAGUUGGAGAAGGAUGUCGAGUUUUACAUCGAUUACCAAGUAAUAUCAGGAGGAAACUAUGACGUGGACUGUUUUGUGACAGACCCGCUCAGUAACACGCUGUACAGCCAAAAUAAGAAGCAGUACGACACUUUCUCCCUCACCACUGCCAUGAGUGGGGCCUACAGGAUUUGCUUCAGUAACGAAUUCUCCACCUUUUCUCAUAAAUCCGUCUAUUUGAAUUUCCGGCACGGUGCCGAGGAGCCUCUUAUGCCUGGUAUGUACAGAGCCACAGCGCUGACCCAGUUGGAAUCGACAUGCGUGUCCAUUCAUGAGAUCCUGAAGGUGGUUGCGGAGUCGCAGAGGUGGUACAAACUCAGGGAAGCACAUGACCGCCUCAGAGCGGAACACCUCCACGACCGCGUCAAUCUAUGGUCCAUCGGUGAAACCAUCCUGCUGUUUGUCAUCGGCGUGGGGCAAGUCAUGAUGCUCAAGAGCUUUUUCCAUGAUAAGAAAGGCUCUGUGGCAGCGAUGACUUAAAACCAGGAGUGCACAAUUUUUCUCCCAAUGUCUUGGACGUUUUGUUCUUGCCAGAAAGGAAGACGACUCGGAAAUUUUGUUACUUGUCUAAUUGUCAAUGUUGAGGGAAAUACUUAUUUCAGUGUUCUUUGUUUGUCCUAAUUUAUAUGGGGAAAGUUGUUACAAGUGUAUACAUUUAUACCUUACUUUUUCCAUUUUCUAUGAAAAAAAGAAUGUUAUCUGUACUGAAUGUUGCCUUACUUAUCACGAUAAGUCUGUCUUGCUUCCCUCCCCGCCUCAUCCCAAAUUGAAAUUCCACAAGGGACUAUGUUCAAUAAUGUUAAAUAGGUUUCUUUUACCCACAGAUGAGUUUUAAUUAAUAAAUAUAUGAUUACAUAGCUUUGUAU